AAACAUGGUUUGCAAACUGUUUGCAAACAUGCAAACAAUGUUUCCUAGUGUGGACAGGCCUCCACAGGGUAACGGUUUUCUAGGAUAACGUUUAAAACUAUCUGCAGAAAAGGCUACGUGAACUAUAAAGCAAUGUUGAAACGAUCUCCAGCCGCAAGUCAUCCUAAGGAUGUUGUUAUAACAGAUGAACACCCAAAAACAUUAUUACUUCAGAAGCAUGCAGAUUAUAUCAUAGGUUACAGCAAAAAGAAAGAGGAUUAUGAAUAUACUAUGACAGAGCAUUUCCGAAUGUCUGGUGUUUAUUGGGGGAUAUCAGCUGUGGACUUGCUUGAUCAACUGGGGAAGAUGGACCGCACAGAAAUUGUAACAUUUGUGAAAAAGUGUCAUGAUCCAACCACAGGGGGAUUUGCUCCCAGCAUUGGUCAUGAUGCACAUCUUUUGUAUACAUUAAGUGCUAUUCAGAUUCUUGCCAUCUUAGAUGCAAUGGAGGAAGUGGAUGCUGAAGCUGUGGUUAGAUUUAUAGUUGGUCUUCAAAAUGAAGACGGCUCAUUUUGUGGGGACAUGUGGGGUGAAGUUGAUACCAGAUUCUCCUUUUGUGCAGUUGCCUCAUUAGCAUUACUUAGAAGACUGGAUGCAGUUAAUAUAGACAAAGCCAUAGAAUUUGUUAUGAAAUGUCAAAAUGUUGAUGGAGGGUUUGGAACUCGGCCGGGAUCAGAAAGCCAUGCUGGACAAAUAUAUUGCUGUCUUGGUUUUCUUUCAAUUACAGGUCAACUACAUAGAGUAAAUGGGGAUCUCCUAGGAUGGUGGUUGUGUGAACGUCAGUUGCCUUCUGGAGGACUGAAUGGAAGGCCAGAAAAAUUACCUGAUGUCUGUUACUCUUGGUGGGUAUUAGCCUCCUUGACAAUGCUGGGACGACUUCAUUGGAUUAAUGCAAGCAAGAUGAGAGUUUUCAUUAUGGCAACACAGGAUCCCGAGACCGGGGGAUUCACAGACCGACCAGGUGACAUGGUAGACCUAUAUCACACAUUAUUCGGACUUGCCGGUUUGUCAUUAUUAGGCGAAUCUGGUCUUAAACAAAUUAACCCAGUGUUCUGUAUGCCUCAGUAUGUUUUAGAUCGAUUAUCUCUUUCAGUUCAAAUAAUGUCCAUAUGAUACAAGACACUGUUUGCUUUGUUUUCAUAAAUUUUAUGGAAAACAACAUUCCUGUUAUCCUGCAGAGGUGCUGUUAUCCAAAUUAACAAUUCCUUCUUAGUCAUUGCAUAAUCAUAGUUUUGUAUUGAGAUCCAUAGUACAUUGAUGCUUACUGGUAGUUUUGUACUUUUACAACUUUCUAGUCCCAAAUUCUGGGAAAUGAUUAAUCCAUAUGAGUUUCAGACUUGAAAAGUGGACCAUCAAAAUGCCACUUGGGCUGUUAACUGUUUAUUAUUCUUGUAUCCUAGCACAAUGUAAAAAAAGUAAGCUUUCUUUGCCAUACACUGUUUUAGAAGUACCAGUCAUCUGGCAAUCAGUGAAAUUAUUUUGCUCAUUUUUUUCAAAUUCCAGGAGCUGCAAGUACAUUAAGUAAGGAAGAUUUAAAUUAAGCAUGUUAGGAUUAAUAAGUUUUAGUUUACAUUAUUUUCACCAUAGCUAGAUUAAAACAUAUUGGAUUAAAUUGAUAUUGUGUCCCUUCCAAACAGACUAUUGCAGCAUACCAUAGAUUGUAUAUAUUGAUUUCUGAUUUCUUAGGCUGCUGAUAUUUUCCAUUGUUUAUUUAUUUGAAUAAGUUUUGACUUAGAGGAAUGAUGUGAAAAAAGCUCAUGUUCACAAAGCUGUUCUGUUAUAAAUUAUUUCUUGAUCUGGCAGUUAUAUUUAAUAUUUUAUAUUUGAGAUGGCCAUUUGUAGCCAUUACACAAAUCAGCAGCUAUUUCAUGAUACAACAAUGGUAAAAAUAACUCCCCAAACCUUUACAUUAAAACUGCAGCGUUUCUUGCAUGAAGGCCAGUAAGCAGUACCCGAGGUUCCUUGCAGAGACCCCUAUGCAUUAAAAUACAUUACAGUCAUCUCUCAAUUAAUGCAAGGGUUACGUUCUUGGAGAGCUUGCUUUAAUUAAAAUCGUGCUAUUUAAACAUUUUUCCCAUGUGAAAUAACAGGAAUAAGGGGGCUUAUGUUCCUGGACUUGGGGAACUGUGCUUUUUUGCUAAGUAGAACUGAGUUGGAUAACAGCAACAACUGUUUGGUGUAUUUCAACCAUUGUACGAUAGUAAACAAUUACCAUAGUUAUGUUAUAAAAGACAUUAUGUAGAAUAGGACUGAUAUAUUUUUAUGUUAUUAUUAAAUUUAAACCAAGUUGUAGCUGAAGAUGACAAAACUGUUCAAGCUGCUAAUGACUGUUAUCGUACAUCUGCAACAAGGAUAAAACUCCAGUAAAGUUAUGCCAUCAAACACAACUGCAGAUAAAAUCGAGAGAAAAUCAUUUUAAUAAAAACUACUGGGCUUGAAACAACAAAUUUUACUGUUGUUUUCACGCAAAUAAAAGGUAAUAACGUAAAGAGUGAAAAUAGCGACCAGAAUCAUGAUUUUUUUUUUUUUUUUUUUUUUUUACGCAAUAAACAUGCUCCACUGCAAUGUUAAUGAAAAAAAUAAUUUAGUUCACAACGAGACUUAUUCAAUCCAUAUUUUGGCUUAAAAAGUUGUCGUAUAAUGAAAAAUUACCUUGUCUCAUUUAAGUAAAGUAUCUAGAUAUUCGUUUAUGCUAACUAAAAGCAUAGAACUGAGUUAAAUACAGCAAAAUAAACCAAGACAUUGACUGCUAUGUUAAUAUUUUAUAACACAAUAAUAUGAGAAUACAUACAAUAUUAUUGGAUACAGUGAAGUAAUGUAUAACUUUAAAAGAUUCAUGGAAAAGAUGCAUAGUAUUUGUGACAUCGCUCAAUUAUGCCGAUGUCGGAACGAAGCUGAUUCUCGUUUCGGUAGAAUUUUUCUUUAUUUGCUUUAUUAAUAAAUGAAAAAAAUCAUUCGCUUGAUUAAUAAACAGUUUUUCCCUUUAUUAAUAAAUACAUACUGUGCUAUGUCUUUGUUUAUGUUGACGGCCAUCGUCUGCAGCACUGAUGUGUUUUUUUAAACAUUUUUAAAUAUUUUCUAGCUCACAUUAAAUUGAAAACACGUUAAUUAAACACUCGUUAAUUGAGAGGUGACUGUACUUCCUUUCCAUUUUUAUAUGUUGUUCUUAGGCUCUUCCCACUUAGCUGCCUAGCUUCAUUGUUUCCAUCCAGUUCAAUAGGACCUCUCCAGAAUCCAGGAAUGACUUGGCCGUCAGGUUUAACUAUACAAUGCAGAAAAAUGAUCUAGAUUUGAUACACCAGAGCAUUUUAACAGUAUUGGUGGUACUCAAAAACUUUUCAUUGUAUUUUUUUUAAGUUUAAUUAGAACACCAAGUCAGUUUCUAGACUCAUAAAAGGGGUCCAAAGAGAAGGCAAAUAUGUAACUGAAGUUUAGAAAGCUAGGCAGUAAGUUGAAGAGACUAAAUGGUAAGGAUGAAAAGCAAAAGGGUUAAAUCAAUGUAGCUGCGUUCUUUAGUCCACUGCAAAGAACUUAUAAGUGCUGUUCCCCUGGUGUGUUGAGUAAGUAAGUCUAUAGGCAAUACUCCUCUAAGGGUACUUAUCUGCUGUACUGGGCUACUAAGUCUUUCAUUGUACUUAAAUGGUUAUUUUUUUGUUUACUGGUACUAUAGUUGUUGACAAAGAUUCACUACAUGGCUGGAUAUAACUUAUACAGCUACCAAGAAAGCACACUGAGUUACAACAGGAAAUUGGCUUUCUAUAGUAGUUUGGAAAAUUAUCAUCUUAAUGAAAAAUUACCAUUUUCACAAAAAGUACUAGCAGUUGUUACAAAUGUUAUUGAAAUAUAUAUAUAUAGUACUAUACAUUAAGGAGUACUUAAAACAUGAAAAAAUUACUUGUUGCUGCUUUUUUAUUUUGCUGAAUAUCUGAAGGAAAUAUUUUUCAAAGUUAUAUUAUUUUUAUCUUUAAAUAAUGUCUCUUGAAACCAAGAGUGUACAUAAGGCUCGUGCUUUAAUGUUUAUGGAUGUGCUGUUGGAAGAUUUUAAGUCAUAUCAAAGCUUUUUUUUUUUGUCUCACAUUGUUUACUGAUCUUAAAUUUGGUGGUCACCAGUGUGCAGUUGUCUGAUAGAAUUAUAUUUGGUACUUAGAAAAUGUACACAGGCUACCUUUUAUUUAACAAUUACUGUACUUUAAUUUUCUAGAUUGCUGUGGUGAACUGACAUUACAAAGACCAGACCAUGGUUUUGAAUACUUCAUGUACUGUAACUACUUAGAUCCCAUUAUGAUAAGUUAGCCUGAUAUUUGUUUUGGUUUCUUAUCUCUAAAUUUCCAAAUAACAGUAGAAGAACUGCUUCUGCAUCUUUCAGUAUUGUCUUUUUUUAUCACUAUGUUUCAGAUUAUUUUGCAUACUUGUGAGCAAUAUUUUAAAGAUAUAACAUUGCCAACAGGUAUAUUUAGAUAUUUUGUAACACCCCUCUUAAAGUUGUAUUGUAAGAGCUCUGCCCACUUGACUACAUUUACACACGGCUCUCUUUUACUGAUGGUAUUGGAAUAGUUUUGGUAGUAUUGCUGAUAAAAUCUGAAGCAUUUACGAACUUAUUAUGAUAGGUCCUCAGGAAUCUAGGGCCUAAACAUCUGCUCAUUAGGUGAAACUUUCUCCCUGGUGCCCUUUAGUUUGAAUAAGCAAAAAUAAACUUUCACAGAUAUUUGUCAGUUACAUUUAACUGAUUGUGUUACAGAGAAAACCAGGGCUUAAAUUAAUCCCAGGUAGUAUGCUGGUUACUUUAGAAAUAUGUAUAAAUCUUAAUACCAUACACAGUGCGUACUAUGAAUAAAACUGAUUUGUUUACUGAAUGUAUAUAAAUCUUAACACUAUAGUGUGUAAUGAAUAACACUGAUUUAUAUACUGUAUGUAUAUAAAUCAGGGUUAUUCAUAGUACACUGCAAUGUUAAGAUCUAUAUAUUUCAAAAGUAAGCAGUAUACCAUCUGGGAAAAAUUGCAGACCCUGGUUUUCUCUAUAACACAAUCAGUUAAAAGUAGUCGACCAAUAUGUCUGAAUGCGCACGCGCGUUUUUUUUUUUUGGUUGCUUAUUCAAACUAAAGGGUACCAGGGAGAAAGUUUCACCUGACGAGCAGAUGUUUAGGCCUUAGAUUCGUGAGAAGCUAUCAUAAUAAAGUAGUCAGUGCUUCAGAUUUUCUCAGUAAUACUAUCAAAACUAUUCCAAUACUUCCAGUAAAAAGAGCUCUGUAUAUAAGUAGUAAAGUGUGCAGAGCUCUUACAAUACCACUUUCAGAGGUGGGCGCGUUACAAAAUAUCUAAAUAAUUAACUACAAUAUUAAGUGAAAUGAUCAUUCCAAAAAUAAUGCCACAUUGAAGUGGUAUUAACCAGUUGUUGAAUUGGUCAUACUUCUCAAAUCCAUGGGUAUCUUGAAUAACCCACAUGACAUAAUCCCUGAAUGCAAACACUAUUUACAGUCAUGCAUAUUUUGCCCAAUUUUCAACAACUUAUAUCAAAUAACAGAAACAAGUCCUUGAAAGAGACUUUUAUCAGAAUUUUUAACAUUUUCAAUCCAGUUUUUAAAAUUUCAAAAUGUAGAAGUAUAAUAUACGAGAUCUAAUAUUCAUUAACAUCCUCCCCUUUGGGAGAGUCUGUCAAAAGUUAAGAAAUCUAACUCUUGUCUAGUUAAAUAAUUUAUUAAUGAUUAUUUUUUACAAUCCUCUGCAUGGACAGUGUUAUUAACCAACAUCAUUAUCUUUGAUGUAUGGAGACAGAAGAGUUAAUCAAUUAAGGAAAUCUUAAAGAACUGUGGCUAACAAUUUUUUUUCAACUUAUGUACAUAUGUACUAAAGUACAAAUAUGCAAAGAGGUUUUUAGGUAGUAUCCGCAGCUGGUUCGCCCUCUCCUGAUUUCUUCCUGUUUCUCCAUGCUUCCAUGUAUGUUCGUGGGUGGAUGGGCAAAAGCCCAGCUAGGCC